AUGUCCUCCAACGGCCGACCAUCGUCUGUAAGGGGCCUGUACACCCCGCCCGCCGAGGAGUGGGUUUUCCUCCCCCCCACAGUCUCCCCGCCGAACCCCUCCUCGUCCUCGCCCCCAGCCCAUCUGCCCACUCCCUUCCACGACGCGUCCACCAGCUCUUCCUCCUUCCUCGAUGCUGCAGACGACGCAGAUCUCGUCAUUCCAGCCAUGGGGAGGCCAUUUAACCUCUUUCUCUCGGAAUAUCUGGCCACUGCUAUGGGAAUGCCGUUCGAAGUCGGAAAGACUCUGCUUCAGGUGGAAUACCGACCCAGGAGACAGUUUGAGGCGCUCGAAGGGGCCGGAGAAGGUGUGAGGAUCUCUGAAGAGGAGACUGUCACGGAGCUUCAAGAUGAAGACGAGCUAAGCAACCCGGACGAGGCCGACAUGUACUUUACCGACCGGCUUAACAAAUCUGCCGACCCACUGGUCUCCAACGAAGAACCGGUAGCGCUCCAAUCGGAUGCCUCUGGCUACCUUCCGGACUUGCAUCCCACGUGGUUGCUGAAAGACGAUCCCGACAUUUCGCGAGGCAACGGCGUCUGGGGCAUGAUCCGCCGUAUUCGCUACACCCCCUCCGAGGGCCUUCCCGCUCUCUGGAAGUCUCAACUAGUCUCCACCCUCCACGCCUUCCUCACCACCACCCUCCAGCCCACCGUCCACUCUUGUCUCCUCCUCCUCACACCCUAUCCCGCGCUCGCCCUCGAUACACCGCUCGCAGCUCUGCCGAACCCUGCUCUACCAUUCGGUCUGCAGAUCGCCAGUCAUCUCCUGACCCACCUCGUGCUCUCACCGCUCGAGAUCAUCCGAACGCGACUGAUCGUCAUGCCCGCAUCGCAUCCCUCCACCCCGAGCAGCGUCAAGAUCUUCCGAGAUAUGGUCUCGGAUGAAGGCGGUUUCACCAGCAUGAUCUUUCACCCCAACCUCCUCCUCCCUGCUGUCCUCGAACACACCCUCCGCCCCCUCUUUGCCCUCUCCACACCUUUCAUCCUCGAGCGAUACCUCGGCAUCUCGCCCGAUCUCUCACCCAUCACCUACUCUCUCCUCGACCUUUCUCUCGGGCUCACCCACUUGCUCGUGCUUUUGCCCAUAGAGACUGUUAGGAGACGAUUGCAGUUGCAACACCGAGGCAAGGGCGGGAAGAGGAUGAAGACUGUCGUCAGAGUCAGGGAGAGGGAUUAUGUUGGGAUUGUGGAGGGACUGUGGAGGAUUGUCAGCGAAGAGACGAGCGUGAGGAGGACCAAGCUGGAUAAAGGUGAAGAGGGAGGAUGGUUUGCUGGUGUCAGGCAACUCUACCGAGGCUUUAGUAUGGCUGCCACCGCUCAUGCCACUGUGUUCAGUCUUGGCCUUGUCAGCGCUACAUUGUCUGGUGGAGACGGUGGAUGGAAGGAGAUUUGA